GCGUUCGGUCCGCCGCCCAGCACUCCCGGCAUGCACUCCGUGGGGCCGGGCGCACAGCUGCCAAGAUGGCGGACCUGGAGGAGCGGGUGUCGGAUGAGGAGAAGGUGCGUAUAGCUGCAAAAUUCAUCACUCAUGCUCCCCCUGGAGAGUUUAAUGAAGUAUUCAAUGAUGUCCGGUUAUUGCUUAACAAUGACAAUCUUCUCAGGGAAGGAGCAGCACACGCAUUUGCACAGUACAACAUGGAUCAGUUCACCCCAGUGAAGAUAGAAGGGUACGAGGAUCAGGUCUUAAUCACAGAACAUGGUGAUCUGGGCAAUGGCAGAUUUUUAGACCCAAGAAACAAGCUUUCUUUUAAGUUUGACCACUUAAGGAAAGAAGCAAGUGAUCCCCAGCCCGAGGACACAGAAUCGGCUUUAAAACAAUGGAGAGAUGCCUGUGACAGUGCAUUGAGAGCCUACGUCAAAGAUCAUUACCCCAAUGGCUUCUGCACUGUUUAUGGUAAAUCUAUAGAUGGACAGCAGACAAUUAUUGCCUGUAUUGAGAGCCACCAGUUUCAGCCCAAAAACUUCUGGAACGGGCGUUGGAGAUCAGAAUGGAAGUUUACCAUCACACCACCAACAGCUCAAGUGGCUGCAGUGCUCAAAAUCCAGGUCCAUUACUAUGAAGAUGGCAAUGUCCAGUUGGUUAGUCACAAAGACAUUCAGGACUCUGUACAGGUGUCAAGUGAUGUCCAAACUGCUAAGGAAUUUAUUAAGAUCAUAGAAAAUGCAGAAAAUGAGUACCAGACAGCAAUCAGUGAAAACUACCAGACUAUGUCAGACACCACUUUCAAAGCCUUACGCCGGCAGCUGCCCGUCACCCGCACCAAGAUUGACUGGAACAAAAUCCUCAGCUACAAGAUUGGCAAAGAAAUGCAGAAUGCUUAAUGCAGAAACAAGGAGGUGUAUGAAACAGUUGUGUGCAAAAAAACAAAUACGGUCCUAUGCCAAGUAGAUGGUUUUUAAACCAGAGCAGCAUUUUUAGGGCUUUCAAAGUUACCAGGUUUUCUAGCCUGAGAGGGAACCGUGGAACAAAUAGUUGUCUUUGUGUUUUGUGUUUCCUGCCACAUAAACUUCCUGUUGUAGCUGCAUUUAAUAGGUCAUUUAAAUUCAGCCAUUCAUGGCUCAGAAGUAUAGCUGUUUUCAGUCACUGGCUGGAAAACUUCCUAGCUGGAAAAGCCCUAUUAUUACCCCAGGAGAGGGUACAGAACGUUCCCUUCACCUGUAUCCAGCACUCCAGGUAUCCAGUAAGUUUGUCAAACCUGCCAAGAGCUCACGGCGCUGCAAGACACAGUAAGUGCAAGACAGUGAGUCCUCGUGUAUCCUUAUUCCCAACCUCCACAAAGCAGAUGCCUGCAGGCUUAGAUUUUGCUGUAGAAAAUGAGUUUACAGGAUCCUUUACAGAAUUCCCUACUGACCCAGCUCUUCCGGGGACGUAACUUUUUUUUUAAUCUGAACAUUUGAGCCAUGUUCCCUAAAAGUGAACAUUUUUCUUCUCCCCUUUCUCGUGUACGUACGGUUACCAGACAUCUGCAUUUUUACAGAACUACAAGAUGAGUCACUGCUGAUCCACAAGGGCUGGAUGGUGAUUAAAAAUGCAAAUGUCUACAAAAUAAUAGGUAUGUUGUGCUUUAAUGCUUUGUGGCAGGUUCAUAGAUUUGUAUCGCAGGUGUAUGGAUGGAUAGUGUACAAAAUAAAUAAACUUGCACCAAAGUGAAAGAAAAAAUCCUUUC